UACGUAUCUUCCUUUUUUGCUUUUUCUAAUGUCACGUGGGACGCCCCACUUCCUUCUUCCGUUCUGAAGCGAGGAGAAACAAGAUUCAAGACAAAAUGGAGGGCCAUGAUAUUAAGGAACCGGAACAGCUGAGAAAACUGUUCAUUGGUGGCUUGAGCUUUGAAACCACUGAUGAGAGCCUGAGAGAGCACUUUGAACAAUGGGGGAAGCUUACAGAUUGUGUGGUAAUGCGAGAUCCAUUAAAUAAACGAUCCAGAGGGUUCGGGUUUGUAACUUACUCGUGUGCAACAGAGGUGGAUGCUGCCAUGGAGGCCCGCCCACACAAGGUUGACGGGCGGGUUGUAGAACCAAAAAGAGCGGUGUCUAGAGAGGAUUCUGCAAGGCCUGGUGCCCAUUUAACAGUGAAAAAAAUAUUUGUUGGUGGGAUCAAAGAAGAUACAGAAGAAUGUCACCUGAGAGACUACUUUGAAAAAUAUGGAAAGAUUGAAAGUGUUGAAGUUAUGGAAGAACGGCAGACGGGGAAAAAAAGAGGAUUUGGAUUUGUCACCUUUGAUGAUCAUGACACUGUUGAUAAAAUUGUUGCUCAGAAAUACCACACAAUAAAUUCACACAACUGCGAAGUCAGGAAAGCACUCUCAAAACAAGAGAUGCAGUCUGCUGGUAAUCAGAGAAGCCGAGAUGGGGGAUCUGGCAAUUUUAUGGGUAGAGGUGGAAAUUUUGGAGGUGGAGGCAACUAUGGCCGGGGUGGAAACUUCUCUGGCAGCGGAGGCUAUGGAAGUGGUGGUUAUGGUGGUGAUGGUGGAUACAACGGGUUUGGUGGAGAUGGAAACUAUGGAGGUGGCUCUGGCUAUGGAGGUGGUCGGGGAGGGUAUGGAGGUGGCGGUGGAGGUGGAUAUGGCAACCAAGGUGGUGGAUUUGGCGGAUACGACAAUUAUAGUGAAGGAGGAAACUAUGGCGGCGGCGGCGGCGGUGGAAACUACAAUGACUUUGGAAACUACAGCGGGCAGCAGUCGAGUUACGGACCCAUGAAAGGGGGCAACUUUGGAAGGAACUCGGGUGGACCUUACGGCAGCAACUAUGGCUCUGGAGGUGGCUCUGGUGGAUACGGUACGAGGAGAUAUUAAUUUUUUGUAGAAUUGGCUACAGUUCUUAGCAGGAGAGGAGAUGAGCAAGGAGUUGUCAGGAAAGCUGCAGGUUACUAUGAGGCAGUCGUCCAAGUGCAUUAGAGGAACAGCAAAGUUACUGCAGCUUAAACAGGAGAACAAUUCUUGUUGAGGACUGUAUCCACUAGCUACAGACUGCAAAAGUGUAGCUACUAAUGAAAUACAGUGUCUAUUAGAUGUACAUUCCUGAGGUCUUAUUUGUUGCUAGAUUUUAUUUUAUGUUUUUUUGUUUUUUUUGCAAGUAUAAUGCCCAUGUAAACUGUGGUAGUAGUACCAGGAAUAAAAACAAGGAACCUUUUUUAACUAAACUUUUGUAGUCAGUUUUUCUAUCGAGUCUAAGAUGUCUUAAGAAUGUUAGUUAUCUAUUCUGUGGUGAUGUUUCUUGCUAUUUGCUUCUAUGUGCAUUAUCUGUGUGCCUGUAUUAAAAGGAAGUAGGAGAAAGUACUUCAUCUUGUGAGUUGCAGGUCACUGAAGUUAGGAUCGAUAAACUAUUUCGAAUUAUAUUGCAACAUGAUUGCAUAACAUUUAAUCCAUGUUUUUGUUUGCUUGUUUAAAAUAAUAAUAAUUUUCUUGCAACAACUUUUUUUUUGUAAAAAAUGUCAUUUAUUGUAAAUACCAGGUACAUUGACAUUUUGAAGUGAUCAUCAGUUUAAAUAUGUCUAGCAAAAUGAGAUGGCUAAGUGUAGUGUAUCAUUGGUUUUAGAAAGCAACCAGUUAAAAUGAUUGUGCUAUCUGUAUAUUACAAAACUGUUUUCUAUAUACGUUUUAUUAAGGCUAGCUCUGACAAAUAAAAUUCUCUGGAAUGCUUAA